GGAUGAAUUAUUUGGCUGCAAAGCAAAACAAAGAGUAAAGUAAUUAGUGAGUAAGUAUGAACACAAGGGUUUUCUGGUCAACGAAACUUGGAUGAACGUGAUUAUGAAGCUAAGCUAUGGCGGAUAAUUGAGAUUAUUUUAAACACGCUCGUGAAUUUUUGGAGGCUUAUAAAAAGGGGAUACGCCAUUGUAGCCUGAGAAACAGAAACAUACAUAGAAUUAAGCUUAUAAGAAGGAAAAAAAAAUCAGUUUAAGGUUUGAAGUUCGUCGUUGUUCUUGCUCCCCCUUCUGCAACUCCCCGCUUCUCUGAAUCCCUUUCUGUUAAUUAUCUGUGCUUUUCAGGUUCUCAUUUUUGGGGUUGUUUGUUUGUUCGUGAUGAACAAUAACCAAGCUUAGGAUUGUGGAGAAGGCCAGGUAUUUUCAGAAUCAAGAUUCAGGAUUUCUGUUUUUUACUUCAAUUUAAUGUGUUUUUGUGUUUAAUCGAGAGAUCAAUCUGUUUUUGGUGGGUGAAUUUUAGUCCCUCAAGGUUGGUUUUUCUUGUUAAUUUUGUGUUUUGAUAUGAAGGGGUUCUUUAUUUUGUUCAAACUCCUUUGAUAAUUCUUAGUUCGUGGCCUGUUUUCUUUCUAUUUUAACAAGAAUCAGGUUCAUCUGUAAACAAAUCCUAUCUUUUUUGUUCUUGAAUUAAUGGCAGCCGCCAUGGAUUUCUAUAGUGAAGGAUCUCAAACAGACCACUUUGGUGGUGAAUUAAUGGAAGCAAUUGUACCUUUUAUCAAAGUUGCUUCCUCCUCCUCCUCUGUUUCUUCUUCUUCUUCUUCUUCUUCUUCUUCUUCCUUCAAUUUCUCUCACUCUGUUCCUCAACAGUGCUCUAAUGGCUGCUCCACUUCGAUGAACUCAGAAUUUUCAAAUGGGUUCUCGACCCAAACCCUUAUUGGGUACGAACAGCCAUCUCAAAUCUUCCAUUUCCAAACCCCAUUACCUUUUGCUUAUGGGAAACCAAGCGAACAGCUGAAUCAACGAACGACGCCCAUGUUCCUCUGCCCCGAGGCGAUCCCGAUGAAGCAAGUGGGUUCAUCUUCAAAACCCACGAAGCUUUACAGAGGGGUAAGGCAACGGCAUUGGGGGAAGUGGGUGGCGGAGAUCCGGCUGCCACGGAACCGAACUCGGCUCUGGCUUGGUACCUUCGACACUGCUGAAGAAGCUGCGUUGGCGUAUGACAAGGCAGCCUUCAAGCUACGAGGGGACUCUGCCAGGCUCAAUUUCCCGCACCUCAAGCACCAAGGCUCCUGUGUUGAAGGCGAGUUCGGUGCGUAUAGGCCUUUACAUUCCUCUGUUGAUGCAAAGCUCCAAGCAAUUUGUGAUAACUUGGCUGCGCCGCCGCUCAAAGGCAACUCAAAGAAGUCGAGGUCCCAAUCCUCCUCCUCCACGGUGGCGGAAGCGGCGGCUGUGAAGGUGGAGAGCGAUGGGUCUGCAGGGUCUUCACCAUUAUCAGAUCUUACAUUCCCCGACUUCACAGAGCUGCCAUGGGAACACAAUCAAGCUUGGGAGAAUUCAAUGCUCGAGAAAUAUCCUUCUGAGAUAGAUUGGGCUUCGAUCUUGCCUUCAUAAUUUGAUCGGAAUCUUCGACGGCACCUGCAACGGAGUUUUUUGAAGGUUGCAGGCCGAGACUCAUGGCUCAAAUUCUUUUGUCACAUAUUAUGUAAAUGUCUGCCAUGGUCAGCUGGUUUUUUUUCUUGCAAGACCAUGGUAUGAUUUAAUUUGGUGUUCUUAUUUCUUUUGUCAGUCGUAGUAGUUGUAAUCAUUUUUUCAUUGGUAUAUUAUUAUUAUUGUCU